AUGGCGAAAGGCGUAGACUACACCACAGGAUUCCCAGACUGCCAACGGUUGCACCAAAUCAUUAACACGCUCCGUCUCGCCCAGCACAUCUUGAUAUCACAUGAAAAGAUAGUAUGUCUGCUCAACGCCAACAAGGUCGGCACCCAGGAGGAGAAUAGGAGACAUGUGAGGAUUAUUCGAGGAUUUACGAGGACUGCCAUGGCGCUGCAAAAACAUGCAGAAGACACAACAGCGUUGAUGUCCAAGCUCCUCGAGUACAGAAAGUUUGACGCCCUCUGCGGACAGGCUACGGCAAUAACAUCCUUGGGCACGCAAUCGAACACCCAGACUUCCCAUCUUCGCCACCUGGCUGAAAAGUCCAAGGAGGAUACCAAGUUCACGAAGGGGUUGGCUCUCAUUGCCACCCUUUAUUUACCCGUAAAUCUCAUUGCGGUAGGCGUGUAA